GGCGCGGCCGGCUUUCUAGAGGCGCGGCCCGGGGGCGCAGGGAAGCCGCGGGAUGGCGUGGCUGCUGGUGCUGCUGGCGCUGCCGGCGCUGCCGCCUCCGCCGGGGAACGCGUCCCUGCCCGGCUGCCCCCCGGGCCGCUUCCAGUGCGAGCCCGGCGCCGUCUGCUUCCCCUGGGAGUGGCGCUGCGACGGACACCCCGACUGCGAGGACGAGGGGGACGAGCGGGGCUGCGGGACGGCGGCCGCGCCGGAGGAGCCGAGCCCCGGCGCCGCUGGGGUGACCCCGCCGCGGAGCUCUGGAGUGCGGCCUAGCGCCAGCGCAGAGACUUCAGCUAUGCCUGCGGGUUCUGUGCCGCUGAGGAGUCAAGGCCGCAUGUGGGUCUUGAUUAUUGCAGUGCUCCUGAGCAUCCUCGUAGCUGUGAGUUCCGUUGCUGUGUGGGGCCUCUCCAAAGCAAAAAGUAGAUCUGACAUCUUCAGUCUUGAAAAAGCAUCCAGGGAACAGCUGGUGCCUGACAAGAGCCAGAUGGGCUCAUUUCCCUGAAGGGGAUCUUUACCAUGAGGUGAUAAGAUGGGACUAGCCUGGUCUCCCCCCUCCUCACCACAGAGACUGAAUUGGACAUAAGCUCCCAAAUCUGGGUUGUUACACUGGAAUAACAAGAAGAUGCUCCCCUUGGGAAUGGAUGUUAGAUUGUGGGACUAAUAGCACAGGACUUUCUCUGGUGCUGUGAAAUCACCCCGUACAAAGGUGGCACAAAUUAAUUUAUUUAUUGUUUUUAUCUCCAGGGAUUAAUGUUGAUUCUCACCAGUGUGGCCUUGGACCUGAAGAUUUUAUUCUCCAUGAAAUGACAGGUGCUAGAUGCCAUUCAGCUGUUUCCCUCCGCUUCCAGCCAAGAGACUUUUUUCACCUGCCCCAUUCUUACCCCUGGAUUUUCUCAAGGAACGCGGGCUUUCUCUUCCAGUUCAGUAGGAGCCCACUGACUGUGCAGAUCAGACAUGUGCUCCAUCUUGGCGCUAGUGUUUUGAUGCUGCUCAAUCCAAUGUACAGGAAGCUUCUACUGACAGGUCAACCCCAGGGGUGAAAGUUGAAAAACUCCCUGUCUGCUCUGGCUUUGGUGUGCUGCCACUCUGAGUCAGCGUGGGGCAAGCGGCUUCUCUGCACACUCCUUUCCAGCAAGGAUCUCUGCCCUUUGCAGAACUGCACUUUCCACCCCAGUGGUAAACUCUGGAUGUUGCUUCUCUAA